GUCGAGUUUGCGCCCGAUGUUUUAAAGUAGCGCACAUUUGAGCGUAAAUCGUCGUCGGGGCCACGUCGACGAAUCGUUUAGAACCGCGCCUUUUUACUGUGAAUCCGAAACAGAGAGAAAAAAGCGAGAAAUUUCCGACUUGUUUCCCGCGUUAGCAAUCGGCGAUUUCCGACGUUUAAUCCCGUUAAAACGUCCCAACCGGAUCGGUUAAAAAGUGUCCCGGAAGAAUACGCAGAAACAGAAAAAGAGAACUAAUAAUAUGAUUUCCGAUAAAUAACAGUGAAAUUAUGUGAAAAUCGAAAUGUGUGCCACGUAAACGACUUUCGCGGACCUAAAAGAAAAUAAGUAGCGAAUUACUUUAUUUUUUCCAUUUUUUUUAGUCCCCCAGUUGUUGGUUUUGUGUUGGGUUUUUUGAGUGAGCCCGAGAGAACGACGGAAACCUGUUUCAUCGCCGAUGAACGGUUGUUGUGUAGAGCUUCUUUUUUAAGUGCAAGUGUUACAACUCGACAAAACCUUCUUUAACUAAAAGGAUUACCUACUUUUUUUUUCACUCAAAUUUCACCACGAAAAAGAGGAAACAAGGAUACAACACACUCAUUUCGAGGACGUCCUUAGAUCGUUGGCCGCAAAUUUGAUCACAUGGUACAACUCAAGCUUUAAUGAACGACGAUGUACUACAGGAAUUUGCCGGCCGUUUUUGGCUGGCACUCCGGCACGUGUGAAUAAAUUUUCGAAAACAUAGCGAAAGAAAAGUCCGAAGCAGGUGAGUCCUGCGUGAGAUGGAUGUCAUUACCAACGCAUUGGAGGGACAGGUUAGGCAGUAUUUCCAGGGGCUGCCCACGGCUUCGAGCUCGACGGCGAGCCCCACGUAUCAACAACCGACCCAAGCGACGAGUCAAUCAAACAACGAGAGGCCAUCAGUUCCUUAUUGGCCCCCUCACCCAGAUUCGCGGGUUCAACACGACACCCGACCCAAGGAUGUGAUAUCGGAGGCGAAUUCGUCUCAUCAAAGCGUUCCUCACGAACCCACCGGAAAAAGCAAUCAAAGCUAUUACAACCCUCCAAAUGGCGCUAAUUACGUUGAACCUCAAUACCAACAUUAUCGCGAAUACCAACAAUCCUCGCAUAUUUUACCCAACCCAAGUUAUCAGCAAAGAGUCGCUCCAACUCAAAGAGUACAAGAACCCAGUUAUCACCAAAUGCAAACACCAACGAGUUACUACCAAAAUCAUCGUUCCUAUUACAAACCAGUGACGAGUAAUAACGUUAAGACUGUGGUGACCUCGCAAAAUCAAAAUCAAUACGAUGGGUUUAAGUAUCAAUCUGGAAUGGCGAACAAUUAUGCGGGAAACAAAAACGUCAAAACCACUCAUAAUUUACCUCCGAUAGCCGGGCUUCAAUCGAAUUACGCCGGGUUCAAGACUAAGAAGGUUGCGCAAGGAAUUCCUAGACCUAAUUCUGAGGUGAUUUUUAGAAAUUCUAAUUAUCACUCUUCUUCGAAUUAUCAACAACAUUAUUCUCAAUCUUCCAAUCAAACAAAUCAACAACAGAAUGUUCAAAAUGUGCAAAACGUUCAGAGUCAUCAACAAAAUAUGCAAAAUGUUCAGAAUCAUCAACAAAAUGUACAAAAUGUUCAGAAUCAGCAACAAAGUCAUUUGCAAAAUCACCUAAAUGGUCAACAUCAAAGUCAGCAAUCAAAUCAUCAAUCAAGUCAUCAAUUAAGUCAUCAACAAAAUCAGUUACAAAAUCAACAAUUAAGUCAUUUAGUAAAUCAACAACAAAAUCAGAUGCAAAAUCGGCAACAAAAUCAGAUUGAAAAUCAUCAACAUAAUCAGAUACAAAAUCAUCAACAUAAUCAGAUACAAAAUCAACAAAAUCAGUUACAAAAUCAUCUACAACAAACUCAGCAACAUAAUCAGAUACAAAAUCAUCAACAAAAUCAGUUACAAAAUCAUCAGCAACAAAAUCAGAUACAAAAUCAUCAACAAAAUCAUCAACAACUUAAUCAGCAACAAAAUCAGUUACAAAAUCAGAUUAAUAAUCAGCAAUUAUCAAAUCAUUUAGUAAAUCAUCAACAAAGUUCUCAACAAAAUCACCAAUUAAGCCAUCAAUUGAGUCUUCAAGUAACCCAGGCGUCAAUAAUUCAUCAGAACAAUUCAAGUUAUCAAUCAGCGUCAAUAAAAAAUGAGUUUUCUCCAACACAAAUCAAUAAUAGCUUUGAUAGCGUGCUUGAUUUGUCGUUAAAAACAAUAAAAACGCCUGCUGAUUCAACUUUGGACGAUAAUAACAUGUCUUCUGAGGAACGAAAUCAACCGAAAUAUGUCCCGAUGAGGAGAUAUGAUCAAAGAAAUAACGUUGUGCGAAGUGGUAGCGUUACGAGUGCGCCGAAAGUCGAUUUUACCCCGAAUUUUAAUCGGCCACUAACUCAUUCUCAACCGAUUAGUUAUAACAACAAUAAUAACCAAGAAAGACGAAAUUAUCCUUAUUAUAAUCAAAAUCAAAGUCAUAAUAAUUUGAAUACAUCUCGGUAUUAUUCCCCGAUUCGUAAAGAAACGUUACCAAGGAUUGAUUUUCCGUCAUCGAAUCAAAUUCAAAAAUCGCAAGGGAUGUACGUGCAUCAAAAUCAAGAUCAACGCAAAAGGUUGUCGUCGGAAUCGAUGCCUGUGUUGCCGAAAAAGCCGAAAGUCGAUGAAAAAUGGAGACAGGCAAUCGAUAAACAAAUAGAGCAAAAAUUUUCGAUGUAUCAAAAAAAUUCGUCAAGCGAAAAAAAAUCUUCGAUGAUCAACGGAAAUUUGACAUAUCAAACGAAUCAAUUCCAACAAAGACAAUAUCAAAUGCACCAAACUUACGUCCCAUCCCCCGGGGUUCCCCAAUACCCCGUGUACCACCAACAAAACCUCCCCCGAUCAAACUCCCAAUCUUCAUUAAAUCGACUUAGUGGGAGUCAUCAAAACGUUCAAGGCGCCGAUAAACGCGUCAUAAGCAUCUUACGUUCUAAUCUUGAGAUGAAAGGGGCGAAGGAGGCGCAAAGGAGGCAAGACCAAAAAGUUUUUAACAACUCGAAUCAAAUCCAACAACCAUCCACGGACGUUUUAGCCCCCCUCCAACCGAAAACCGCCAUUUUAUCGCGCCAAAAUGUUUCUCCAUUUACCGCAUCAAGCAUAGAACGUAACACCCCCCCAAUAUCAGGGUACAAAUUUCCCAAAGCCGUCGAUUCAAUCCGAUUUGAUUUGGACGAGAAACCCGGUUGUUCCAGCUUGGGCAAUCAAAAUGAUCUGGAUGGUUUAGCCGCGAAUUUAGCGGCGAGAAUUCGCACUAAAGGAGAGUUGAAGCAGAUGCAACAAAUUCAGCUAAAUCAAUUAAAUCAUGUCAAUCAAAUUAAUCAGAUUAAGACUGAGUUGAUUAAAAUUGAGGAGCCUCCAAAAUUAACGAAAGAAAAGUUGUUGUAUCCCCCGAGAAGGAGAGUUUUUAAUCGGGAUGAUGAGCAAAGCGAUAAAGUGGGGAAAAUCCCCCCGCGAGAUCGAACUGGGAUGAGGAGUUCCUCAGAAACUUCCGUUUUUGACUUCCCCGAUAGCGACUCAGACACGGAAAUGCCCGUUUUGGAGCGGCAAUCGUUAGAGGAUAUGAGGAGGGACCGGAAGAUCACCUCAAAAUCAAUUUUGGACGAGGGGGAGAGAUCUUUGAGUCCCUUAGAUGAUACUUUUGACAAAGCUUGCGACAACUUCAUGGAACAGCUAAAAACGGGGGGAGGGAAGAAGCGGGGGAGGAGGAAAAAGAUUGAUACUCAAACUAUUGCAAAGUUACAAGAAAAUAAUAAAAAUAUUAAUAAUAAUAAUGAGGAAAUUGUGAAAUCGGCGCCGAUUAUUAAGGUGGAGGAGGAAAUCGAAGAAAAUAAAAGCGAGUUGAAUCAGAUCAAAAAGGAGUUGAGCGAUUGUAGCGAUUCUGAGGACGAUUCAGAAAGCCCCGAGUCGAAAGAGCGCAAAAAGCGGAUGCAAGAACAGAUCAAAAAGAGCCAACAACUAUACGCAUUAAGAAAUUUGACUUCCUGUCUGAUAAAGCCUCCCAAAAAGCCAACAUUCGGAGACGGAUCCGAUUUUUACCCGGGAUGGGAAGAAGAACUAUACCGCUUCAAAAAAUCGUUAAGAAUCCCCGACAAUUUGAUCCACGUAACGCGCCCCCCAAACUGUCAAAGAUUAUCCACAUCCCUCCCCGAUUUAGACCCAUGCCCAUCCCCAACGAACUCCUCGAUCAUCGACGAGUACAAAAUCAAAAAGAAAGAGAAUUACGACAGCGACAUCGACUCGAAUUGCAGCUUCAAUUUUUCGAUGUCGAAAAAUUACGAUUCCGAGGAAGGAUCAUCCGUGAAAUCGUUCAACAUUAAAUCCCGCGACUCAAUCCUCGAUAAAUUAGUCGAGAGGUAUUCAGUGAAACAGAAACGAAAGUUUAAAAAGAAAGAUGAAACCCCAAAAAUCAUCCCAAAACCCGAAAAUCCAUUAGAACUCCUCCCCACUCCGAGUUUAGACGUCGAAAACUUAACCGAGAAACAAAAAACCGGGGCUAUUAUAAAAUCGGAUUCGGCGUUUUUGGGAUUUCGCAAAAAAACUGUCGAAAAUUUCAAAGACACGUUCAUAAACACCUCGAAUAUCGUCGGAGUUGGGGAACAAUUCACUCCGGUUGUUUUAAAAUCGCGCACUCGCAAAGAAACGAGAGUUUUAAAACAAAAAGCGACAAUCCGAGAGGUUUUCGGGGAAGAUCGCCCCGCUUCCGCUCCGCCGGUUACCUGCGUCGAUGAGUUAAAAGAUAUCAAACGAAAUUUGGACGAAAAAUCCGAUUCGAUUAGCCCGAAAGAAGUGCUUAAAAAUAAAUUGUUGAAUAAAGGGAAAAAAUUGAACUUAAUUAAUGAAACUAAUUGUGGUAAAAUUGAUCUUGAUGCGAAAUCUGAGACUCCUUCGUUGGAUGGGGAUGAGAAUAUCUCGAAGAUUAUUAAGAAAAAUAAGUUUAGGAAUAUUAGGCGUAAAGGAAGUUCUGGGUUUGAUUAUAUUAGGAAGAAGAAGAAGCAGGUUAAGAAGGAGGAUGAGAGCGGGACGACGAAACAAAAACGGUUCAUUGUUAAAGCGAAUCCGGAAUCGGUGCAAGAUAUUCAAAAGGAAAUUAAGAUGUGGGUGUUGAAUAAAGGGAUUGGGGAGACUCAUCUUCACAGAUCUGCAAGAUUAGGAUAUACAGAUAUAACGGCGUAUUGUUUAGAAAAAAUGGAUUGUUCACCAUCUCCAAAAGACAACGCGGGGUACACUCCGCUUCACGAAGCUUGUUCUCGAGGUCAUUUAAGUACGGCGAAAUUAUUAUUGAUGUAUGGCGCGAAUGUGAGUGAAUCGGCUCAAGGUGGAAUAAGGCCAUUACAUGAAGCAAUUGAGAACGGUUUCGUCGAAAUAGUUCGCCUCCUCCUCUCAUAUGGGGCCGAUCCAACUUUGGCAACUUAUGCAGGUGUCACCCCUUUAUCUCUAGCGAGCGAUGAAUACACCCGGAAUUUAUUGGAGAAUCAUUUAAAAGAGAUUCAAGGGGAGGAAUCGGAUAAAUGGUUCUUUAAUGGUCCAUCAAAAUGUUUCGAUCCAGAAGAAUCUGGUUACGAUCCUUUGGAAGAUCUCCCCCAACAAGAUCCACAAUUAACAGUGAAUCACAACCAAGACGAUUUAGACUUGGACGAUUUCGAUUUCGAAGUCAGCGACGUUUUGUUACCGAACUUGUACAGUUUUAUAAACGAUUCGACGGGCGAUCGAUGGAUUUUGUUGCAGGACUUGUCGAAUUUGUUAAAGAUUAAAUCGAAAGAUGCGCUUUUGAAGCAGAUUAAUCCGUCCGGUUUGGCGGUUGGUGGCACAAAGAGUGUGUUGAAAGAAUUAAAAAUGACGGAAUUCCUCGAACAAGUUCGUUGUUGUCAAUUUUUAAACGCUGGCGAAAAAAUCAAUCCGCGCGCCUCCAAAAUCGCCCUCAUCAAAUACACCGAUAAAGUGAAGGAACUUUUAAACGUUGAGCAAGUUACGAUUCCAGCGAGGUGACCUUAAAUUUAAUUAUUAUGUUUUUUAUUUCUUUGUUAGUGUCAAGAAGACGUAAAGUGAUAAUUUUUUUUUGAUUGAUUGAGUUAGGAGAGGUGCUUUUUGAAUUUUUUGGUUACCAAGUCGAUGUUUUAAAGCAUAUCGAGGUUAAAAUGAAAUUUAAAGUUUAACAUGGGGAUAUAAUUAUUUUAUUUUGUAUUAAUAAGAAUUAUUUUUUUAAUUAUUUCACAAAAACGAAACGAUUUUUGUAUAUAAAGUUGUUUAUAAGAGACUUUCUCAGGGAGUAGUUAUAAUUAUUAAAAAAAAAAACAAAUAAGUUUCGAAUUUUUUUAUUAAAAUCUAAAUC